AUGCAGGUUCAAGACGAGAAUCAAGAUGAAUUUUCAUAUACCGAUUAUGAAGAACUCAUCAACCCCGACACCGUCGAAGAGGGUGAAGCUGAUAACGUCGAGGAAGCCGAUCCGCUACAAGAGGUCAGCGGUGCAACAAGCGACGACGUAUAUUCAUUUACGGGAAUCUUUUUUCAACGGUUCUACAAGAGCCAACUACGUCCCAAGGAAUGGACCAGGAUGGUUGUGCAUGGGGACACCGCCACUGAGAUCAUCGACUGUAUGUGGGACAUAGCUUUGGCAAAAAUUGAACGACAGGUGCUAUUCGACGACGAAACCCCCAGAUGGUCGGAAAACGCUCAUCCUACGGUGAACGAUGCCAACGAUUUUAUUACACUGCAAGACACUACCAAAAAAAAGUUUUACUCAGUUGAUGCCAUUACUGCCAGAAUUUUGAGGGGUUGGAAGGACAAACCAGUGAGAAUAUAUGUGUACGUUUGGUCCACGAAUGUGCAAACCAAUGCUCAACAUCAAGCAAUAUUGCGUAAGUUGCUUUCUCCUCAACAUGCUGAUCGUGCUGGUGCACACUCCGUCAGAGAUGAUGCAGCUUUAGCGGACGAACUAAAAAGCAAACACAUACACCUUGAGGGCCAUUACAGCUCAUGGCUGCUGUGGGCAAAUUUCAUUCAUUCGUCACCGGCGUACAAGCAGGACGAAAUGAAACACUCAUCCACGCCCCCAAUGCAGCUAUCGAAGUACUUCCGAUGGGUUCCCACAUCCGAGCCGAGUAGGUUGGAAGCAGUUCAUAAGGGAUUAAUUGUUGCACAACAUAAUAACAGUGGCUGGUUGCGAGAAAUGGGAAAUGUGAAACAAACAUUGAUCGAGUGCAGGAAAGCGCUGGAUGGAGCAAUAUCGAUGGUUGAGAACUUGGAGCAUCGAGGGUUAGUUGGCACCGAACUGUUCACUUCCAUGGAGCAGGCUGUUCGUCCAGAUGAAAUGGAACUGAGCCAACACCUAGCGGGCAGUGUAGCUGACUGCGAAGACCUUGAUCACCAGUAAAUUCAAUCUACAUUCCGUGGUUUAAAAUCACAAAAUCUUUAUAACGAAUGUUUAUAAUAUUAUUUUUAAGAGUCGUUCUUUCGAAUUAAA